UAGAAUACUGUGGAAGUAAUUUGCAAGGCUUUAAAAGCUUGUAACCACGAUCGCAAUUCGGCCAUGUUAAAACAAUGCAGAUUACAUUACAAUCCAUUUAGUCAUGAUCAUAUCCGUCUCUCUACGCGGCCGACCUCGGGACGAUGCCGAACCCGUUUCAUACCAGUCCCCGUACACACAAUUCAACACGUACAAGCAUUUUAUGACAGGAGCGUUCCUAAAACUAGCAAGAGACGAGUGGUAAAGGCAUCCUCAGGAGCAUCUGCCUCCACUCCUCCCACACAGCCUAUCAUCAUUGACAUCCCGGGUAGCCAGCAGGAGGCUGUGCUGACCGCUGUCCAGUGCCUUGUGCCCGCACUUCAACCCCACCUUGCCAGCCUCAAAACCGCAAAGACCUCGAAGGGCUUCAGCUACGCGUCCAAAGGCGGCAACACCGCGAACCGCUUUGGUGUGGAGAUCCCCGUACUUGACACGUCCCCUCAAGCCGCAGUGGACCUCGCCAACCUCGUUCUCUCUGCCACCGCCGCGCGCGUCCAGCAGCGCAGCGGCGCCGCCGCCGCUGCAGCCGUUGCGCCCGCCAAUUGGACGCUCGUACACGCGCGCGAAGAUGCCGUACAGGUUGCCCGCAGCAGCGAUGGGACCCAGGUGUUGGGUUUACGUCAGGCGUGUCGGCAGACACAGCUAGGUGGCCUGCUGCUUGUCGUGGAGCCCUCGAUCAGCGAUGUGGCCCUGGUGGAGCAGCUUUUGGACGACGUGUGGGUCGGGCCAGCUGCAGUGGUGCUCAACCCCCAGUGGUCCCAGCAAGGGGCGGUGCUGCCCGCCGAGUAUCAGCGGGUAGCGGAGUCCAUAGCUGUGGUGUACAGCUUCCUGCCUUGCGCUAUCCAGGGAUUGCUGGGCCCGAAGGAGGGCGCCGUAUUGCGUAUGGUGGAGUCCAGAGCUGGUGCGGAAGGUAGCCCCCCCUGGCGUAUCCUGCUGAAGGAACGGGACCAGUUCGUCCAGGUCGGCGCAAUGGCCCGGCGACCGACAAGCAGCGACCUGGAACUUGCUUUCAUCAACGCAGCCGCAGCCUCGAGCCCCUUGACAAAGACCGCGAAGUUCCUGCGCGGCCUCAUUCCGGGCAAGAAGACCUAGAUGCGGCGAUGUGCGAUAACCUCGAACUCACAGAUGGGCGUAAGCUAAGGCUUCGAUACUGGCGCCUUACAAGGAAAGGAUAGACAGGGUUCGGAGAGCCGAUCGGUGUUUCCUGUCCUGCUUUACUUGUAUAUCGUAGAAUGCUGAGCCUGAUCUGCACAUCGUUCAACCUCUUGAUGACCUACAAGUGUAAUGAAAAAAUCUCAA